CGCCUUUUCCCCUCCCAUCCUCACGGUCUUCAGUCUUUUAGGCUCUAUUCUUGCGCCACACCCAAUUCAACCGACAACAGUUCCGUCCUAAGGGAAGGGACUGACGAUGGAGCGCGACUGAAGCAAUUAAACGAUUAAACCUAUUUACGUGUUUUCACCCCUCUCGUUCCGGCCGUUAUCUCGUUCCCGGCAACCAUGGAGUCCAACCACAGGAGCGAUGACCACAAUACCGGCCGCCGAGUUCGUGAGCUCUAUCGCUACUUUCAACCGGAACGAGUCCUCAGUGGAAACCGGGCCUCCAGCAGCAAUAGCUCGCCUUUCUUGGCCUCGGCUCCAAUCCAGGAUUCGUCUCUCGCUACUCCUCCGUCGCCGUCGAUCUCUUCGCAACCACCGUUACCGUGCCCCGUCGGCGCAGCAUCUACGGUCGUGCCCGAGGAGGCCCUGGUCCUGGGCAAUCCUAAUACGACGUUGACAUCCUUCGCGCAGCUGGGAGCGUUGCGCCUUGAUGUCGAGCGUGUGCUGAUUAGUGUCUCGGAUCGCAACUCACAAUUCAUCCUCGCACAGUCAACGCGGUCGUCCACUACACCAAGCAAGCAUGAUGUGCCAGGAGAGGGGAUCUGGAAUGGCUGUAGCACCAUUUCAGCCGAGACAUGGAAGAUGUGUGCGGCUACAGUAGCCCUCGGUCCUUCGAAAAGAGAGGAGGGCCAGUGCAAGUUUUUGGUCAUUGACGAUCUAAGCCAACAUGACGAAUACAAGAGCCUUUCCUUUGUGCGCGAGAAGCCCAACUUUCGAUUCUACGCAGGAACACCUUUGACAACGGAGACCAAUAUCAAUAUUGGCUGUCUCUUUGUUCUAGAUACUAAACCCCAUGAUGGGCUGACCGACACCGACAAGGAGACGAUGAAAACCUUGAGUAUGCUUAUCAUGGACUAUUUGCGGGUGAGCCGUCAAGCUUCUGAAGGGAGACGUGCAACUCGGCUAUCUCGGGGUCUCAGCUGUUUUGUGGAGGGUAGUUCCAGCCUUGUGGAUACAUCACAUCCUUCGUAUGCGGGAAGCUUCGCCGCGGUACCGGGCACGCCCCAAUCUUCUAAUCUGAGGGCGAAUCACCUCUCGGUGGGUUCACUCAACAGUUUCGAGCUCCCUUCGCGGCGAUCCCAGAGCAGUGAUGCCCGUUCGAUCAGUUCCAUGUCAGAGGGUCGAGGCGAUUCCGGCUUGUCGCCACUUCCGGAUUGGUGGUCGGGUAAUCGGGGGAAUCAGCGGCUGGAGGAAGCCCAUGGUAACUCCUGGGCCUUUAAGCGGGCGGCAAAUUUGCUGCGUGAGAGUCUUGAGCUCGGUGGUGACGGCGGUGUCAUUUUCUUGGAGGCAAGUAAUACGCCAAUGCUCGAUAUGGAGAGUGGCAGCGACUGUUCCGCGGAAAACAGCUCGCCGGCGCCCGUAUUGGCUAUCUCAACAAACGACGAUCCGUUCGCGCCGGGACCAGGUAGCUCCAAUCUCUACCCAGCAUCGAAUUUCGAUAGCAGUUUCCUGCAUCAGCUGCUCCGGCGCUAUUCGAAAGGAAAGCUGUGGUCCUUCCACCGAGAUGGGUUGGUGUCCAGCUCCGACGACGAAAAGCCUUCCCGGAGUCGUUCUCGAGCCACCAAGGGCCCCGAAUUAGGCAGGGGUACGGGAAAGAAGUGGAAGUCUCUGGAAAACUCCAUGCUGAACCUCUACUUCCCCAACGCAACCCAGGUUCUCUUCGUGCCUUUAUGGAACGCCGCCAAUUCCCAAUGGUUUGCUGGUUGCUUUUGUUGGAAUACGAUCGAAACCCGCGUCUUCAACUCGUCCGUGGAGCUGAGCUCUGUCCUUGGCUUUGGAUCUUCGAUCAUGGCAGAGUACAGCCGGGUCGAAUCGCUUAUUUCUGACCGUCAGAAGGGGGACUUCAUCGGCAGUAUUUCGCAUGAAUUACGCAGUCCCCUGCAUGGUAUCUUGGCAGCGGCUGAGUUUCUGGGCGGGACAAAACUGGAUGACUUUCAGGGUUCGCUCCUGGAAACCAUCGAUGCAUGCGGCCGGACCUUACUGGACACGAUGAACCAGGUCCUAGAUUAUAGUAAGAUUGUCUCUUUGGAGAAGUCAUGGCGCCAUAUCACGCGGGACAAAACAGUACCAUCCGACUACCGGGCGCUCGAUCGGCUCUCAGCCCAUUUGGACACGUAUGUAUCGACAGACCUAGCCCUUUUGACAGAGGAAGUGGUGGAAGGCGUGUGCCUGGGGCAUGCGUACGGCCAGAAGUCCACUAUCUCAUCCGGCCAGCCUGUUGUGGUUUCGCCGACGGAGGACUCAAGCGACAAAAGCAGCCUCUCCCAACCCCGGCCUGAAGUGGAUGUCGUCGUGAACAUCGCACAGAACGAUUGGGUCUAUCAGACCCAACCAGGAGCUCUGCGGCGCAUUAUCAUGAAUGUGUUCGGUAACGCCAUGAAAUAUACAGAUUCAGGUCGGGUGUCUGUGCGACUGGAGGUGACCGAGGCUGAGGGUCGUUGUCGCCGGUCAGGCAUAGAAGAGUUGGUGACCCUUGUUGUUUCGGAUACCGGAAAAGGAAUUUCGGAGGAGUUUUUGCGCGGGCGCCUGUACACUCCGUUCGCACAGGAGGAUACGUUGGCCGUGGGAACUGGUCUAGGGCUAUCUAUUGUCCGGAGUCUUGUGAAAUCGUUGAAUGGUCGCAUCGAUGUGAAUAGCACGCCUGGUGAGGGGACCACUGUAAAGGUCACCCUGCCUCUCUUGCGACCGGAUGUCGAGGAUAUCGCCGAGGACCCGCUAACCCCGCGGUCACCAUCCGUAAAGGAAAAGGACAGCCCCACCGAGAGCCGCCUUUUACGAGAUCACCAUGCCGGUCGACGGGUUGCCAUCGCCGGUGUGGAGCCAGAUGAGAUAGCAGGCCAUCCUUGGUGGUCUAUUAUCAGUUGUUAUCUGACCGAGUGGUACGGCCUCGAGCUGGUCUCCUCGUCGUCUCGGGCCCCUGUUGACAUCGUUCUUGCCGAUGGAGCCACUUCAGCUGCGGAUCUGAAGAAGCAGUUUGUAACCAGAGUUCCAGCUCUUGUCCUUCUUUGUGACAAAUCUGUCGACCGAGCAACCAAGCUAAAAGAGUGCUCUUCUCUCGCCAGCAUAGUCAAUAUUAUUCGUCCGCCAUGCGGCCCACACAAACUUGCCCGAAGCAUCCGGAAGUGUUUUGAUUCACACGCUGACAGCAUCCCGACCACGAAGUCCAUUGUCCUCCCAGAACGUCCCAAGUUCGUACCCGACGGCAAAGGCGGCUUUGAGUCCGAGUUCUCCGAUGAUGUGGCAGAUUUAACACCAGGCGCCGCGAGCAGUUCGGGCGCAUCAUCGUCCCUUGAAUCAGCACAUUCCCCCACACACAGUGAAAUUCCAGAAGUCCUUCCUACCAUAAUGUCUCCUUCUUCGUCAGUACGGGAUCCAUCGCCGCCCAAAAUCAAGGACCUCGAUCCCAAGCCCCAGCGCCUCGCACGUGUCCUGGUCGUGGACGACAACUCUAUCAACCUCAAUCUCAUGCUGACUUUCAUGAAAAAACGCAACCUGGCUACGCUGGACUCUGCUGAAAACGGUAAAGUAGCAGUUGAUGCUGUUGAAAGGCUUCAACAAGGCUAUGACCUGAUUUUUAUGGAUAUCUCGAUGCCCGUCAUGAACGGCUUUGAAGCUACGAGGGCUAUCCGAGCCAUUGAGAAAGAACGCGACUGUUGUACUCCUGCGACGAUCAUCGCCCUGACUGGGCUCAGCAGCUCUCGCGAUGAGUCGGAAGCCCUUACUUCCGGCGUCGAUCUGUUCCUCACAAAACCAGUGUCUUUCAAGGAGGUCUCGCGACUCCUGGAAGAAUGGGCAGACAAAGGCCUAGCAGACCGUUGUUUGUCAUCAUGAUUUACUUAGACCGGCGGAGACUGCCGAGUUUGGAUUGAAAUCAUGCGUUGCAUUUGUUUUGCAUCUAUCAUGGGCGGCUGCUUGAUUGUUUUUGAUUAUUUCAUUGGAUGUGGAUAUGUUCUUAGAUCUGUCACGAGUGAUACCCUUGCAUGAUGAUAAUACACGAAUCAUACGUUCUUGCGCAGUUGGUAUUCGUUUUUGUAGGCAUCUUGGAGCGGUGUUUUAUUCUUCG